AUGGAAUUGAAACAACUAAAUAAGUUUACUUAAGAAUAUAAUUUAAAAAAGACUGAUAAACUUAUUAAAUAUCUGAUUAUCUUGGGUAUAGGAGUAGUUAAACAAUAACUAAAUGAUAUAAAUGAAGAUGGAAUCAAAGAAUUAUCAAGUAUUUUUUAAUCGUUAAAUUAGAUGCUUAUAAAGAAAAGUCUAUUCAAUAAGAAAUAAAAAGUUUACGCAAGAAAGUACUAUCAUUAGAAAAGCAUUUUUAACCUGAACAAUAAAUUAAAUAUCAUAGUCAACCUAAACUAUUACCUUCUAAAAUAACUCCUAAAAUUACAGAAUAAAUACCAAUUUAAUAAAAUGUUAAAAAAGCCAUACCAUUCAAACAUCAUUUAGAUGAUUCAGAAAUGUAAAAUUUAAUAUUUAUAGUAAUAGCAAAUCAAUUUUAUGGAAUUAAUACUAGAAUAACGAUUCAUAACAUUAACCAAAAAGAAAACAAACAUUAGAUUAAUAACCAAUUAUACCUCAAUAUUUACCUAGAAAUGAUUCAUAGAAUGAAAUUCAACCAUUAUCAUAAAGAGAAAAUAGUGCUAGAUAAUAAACAUAAAGAUCUUCAUAUCAUUCUAGUCAAUUAGAUAGUUUACAUAGUCUACAUAGUCGUAACUCACCUUAAUUUAAAGAUGAGAAUAAAAAAAUACCUAAAGAGAAUAAAACUCCUUAAGGUAGUGGUGUACCAAAACAUCUUAGAUAAGUGCAAUCAAAAAUUAAACAAUAAAUACUAUAAGAUAAAGAACAAUAUAAAUCAAAUCAUGUUCAAAAAGUAGAUGACUAAAGUAUUAACAUAGUAAAUAAUUCUUUGAAUCCAUUUAAUAAUACUCCUUAAAAUAAGUUGUUUUAGCCUUGUUAAUCCACUCAUUUUGGUAGUGGAUAAGUAUGUAGUGCAUAACAACAAUAAAGUUAACCUUAAGAUUCAAAUACUAUUACAGAAAGAAAAUUAUUUAAUAUUGAUGAAAUUGCUUCAUCAUUUUUAAAUUCCCCAUUUCUUAAAAGUCAGAUAAAACAAAAAUUGUUUAAUAAAUAAGAAUCAGCUUCUAAAUCAUCAGCAUCCAGCACUUUCUCAUUGUUCAAUCCAAACAAUGAACUUAAAAGUAAUUUUAUAUUGCUAAUAUAGAUUUCUUUUAAUAGUUAGAUAAGUAAGUGGGUAACUCGUUAUCUUUUUAAUUUUGA